AAACAAAUACCAAAACAACAAAUACCACUACUACUGUGGAAUCAAAACAAUACCAUUGCAUAAAUAAAUCAAUACAAACACUACCUAAACAAAUACAGACAAACUACCAAAGCAUAAUGCAAACACUACCAAACCAAAUGCAGAUAACUACCAAAGCGUAAUGCACACACUACCAAAGAAAAUGCAGGUAACCACCAAAGCAUAAUGCAAACAGUACCAUAAUAAAAUGCAAGGUAGCUACCAAAGCAAAUCCUCUACCAAUGCAAACACUACCAUUCCAGAUUACCUGCAGAAGCAAAGCGAUAAAAUCAAUACCAAUGCGGAAAAAUAAAUACCAAUGCGAGACAGGAGAUGUGUUCGUGCCAUAAUAGAUCAAGAGAGUGGAAGUGACUACGAAUGAUCCAAUCAAUGGUGCUGUUGUGUUGACAUUUCUGGAAAAAAAGGAAAAAAAGAAAAGAAAUGGGGGAGAAGAAAGAGAUGGAGUGGAACUCUGGAACUGUGGAAGCUUGCUAGGUAUACCCUAUAAUUCAAUGGAAGCUUGCUUUAGGAUUUGUGAGGAGGGAACCGCAGGUCACAGGGAUGGAGAGGGAGGAAACAAAGCUUGUGCGGCGGCGGAAAGAAAAUGGGAGAAGAAAGUGGUCGUAGAGUUAGGGAAAAGGAAGGAGAUGGUAAGUCAUAAAUAUAGGUAGUAAUCAUGUGUGUUAAUUUUUUAUUUCAAAACUAUCCUUAAUCUAAUCUUAACCGUUAUUUUAAAAAAGAAAAAAAAUGGAGAUAAUGAAGGGUGUAGAUGUAGGUUGCCACAGUGGUUACUAAAAAACUAGUAAUCACCCUAACUCAUCCCCCUUAAAAAAGAGGGUUUAAGGACCUGAACUUAGGCCGAGUACUUAUUUUCUUUUUGAGUACCCAAUAUAAUGAGUCUAAUUUGAACCCAAAUAAAAAAAAUGGAGUAUAUCUCUACCCUAAAAAUGAUAUUUACCACAAUCGAAUUUAACAAAUUGAAUUUGUCGACUCAUAGUUUGAAUUCUCUUCUCAUCUACACAAUAUAUAAUACGAUCAUAUAUGACUUCACUACAAUUCUAACGAAUGCCGACAUAAAAUACCAUAUGAAUGACGACGAGAGUCAAAAGAGAAUCUGUACCAUAAUUAACUGAUUCGUAAACAGCUAAUCUCAGAAUUUAAAGCUUGUUUAAACGUAGAAAAUGCCACGAUUCUCUGUAUCUUAAUGAUCAUUCUAUCCUUAUUUUUACUUUUGAUGAUCUCCAACGUCUAAGAGUCUCUGUAUCUUAAAUAAUCAUUCGAUCUCUUUAAUUGAUUUCUCUGCCUAUAAAUUCUUGUCUCCACACAUCUUUUUUCCUCUAACAUUUCUUCCACAAAAAAAGGCUGACACUAAAACCCUAAACCCACUUAAGGAUAAAAAAAAAUUAUGGCCUCAAGAAACUCUCAGCUGAUCAGAGCUAUGGCCGUGCUUGUAUUGGCCACCACUUUCCUCGCCAUGGCUCCUUCGUUCUGCGUCGGUUCAGGUGGCCGGCUGUUGGAGAGCGGCGGUGGUUCAUCGCCUCCCAAUUGUGACGGCAAGUGCAACGGUUGCACGCCGUGCGUUGCGGUUCCUUCCGUUCACGGCGGCCCUCCUCACAGCGGCGGCCCUCCUCCGCCCCCGCCGGCCGUCGCUGCCGCCACCGGGUAUAACCCUCGUGAAGCAACGCCGUACAAACCGAUCAUCUGGGUGUGCAAAUGUCAGCCGAAAGUUAUUGCUUAAUUAAGAGAGGUCAUUAGGGCGUUUUUUUCCUUAAGUUUGAUUAAACUUUAGUUUAUCUUAUUUACCGUCUUAUUGAUUAUUUCCCAACAAAUUUUGUUUCGAUUAUAGGUAAAACAAAUCGGGUUCGAUUGCAUCUUGUGCGUUCAUUUAUUCAUCACCGAAUAAAGUUUUCCAUCGGAAAAAAAGUUUCAAGUCAUCGCGUUGAUACCGCGAGCAUUCGAUCGACCUAUCUUACUUGCUAUAUACCUUCAUUUGCUAAUACUAAUGGGACUAACAUAUAUACCAUAAUACCAAAGAUUUUGAAACUUAUUAUAUAAUAAUUUUUGCGCGUUGCAAAUCUUGGGCCAGUUAUCCAAUAAUAAAAAUAUAAUCGAACAAUGCCCAAACGAUUAACCUACUAGUGAUAUACGUACAUUCCAAAUUCGAGGCCAACAAUCAUUUAGUGCAUCGAUGGAGCUUAAUUACGCAAAUUUGUUACGGAGCACAUUUAGGGCUGGGAAACGGUGCAGUCUGGUCCAGACCAGACCAUAUAUACGGUCUAUGGUCCAGACCGAGAGGCUGAAGUAUAGACUAAAGACCAGACCACAGACUAUACGGUCUGGUCCAGAUCACGCCUGUGCGGUCUGGUUUGGUCUGGUUUGGUCCAGAUAGACCACACUCAAAGAAAAAUGAAUAAUUUGUUUAGUCAACCACAUAAAAAAUUGAACCAAUAAUCAAGAAAAAUAAUUGUUAUUUGCCUUAAAACAUUAAUCCUAACAUGCAUGAAUAAUUUUGAUAUCCUAAA